UUCAGUUACCUUCAUAGUACAAUGGCAACUGCCGCCAUAGCUCCGGAGCUGAAGAAGCUCCCGCGCCCCGGUCGGGGCGGAUUUCAAGCCCACGUUCUAACCGAAGAAGAGGCCCGAGUACGAGCCAUUGCUGAAAUUGUCAACUGCAUGGUAGAACUCUCAAGGAAGAACCAAAGAGUGGAUCUAAACGCGAUCAAAUCCGCCGCGUGUCGGAAAUAUGGACUCGCUCGUGCACCGAAGCUGGUGGAGAUGAUCGCUGCACUUCCCGAGUCGGAGCGCGUGUCUUUACUCCCUAAGCUUCGAGCCAAACCGGUUAGAACCGCUUCCGGAAUCGCGGUCGUGGCGGUUAUGUCGAAGCCGCAUCGGUGCCCGCAUAUUGCGACUACAGGGAAUAUUUGUGUUUAUUGCCCCGGCGGACCGGAUUCGGAUUUUGAGUAUAGUACUCAGUCGUAUACGGGAUAUGAGCCAACUAGCAUGCGAGCAAUUAGAGCGAGGUAUAAUCCAUAUGUCCAGGCAAGAAGCAGGAUUGAUCAGCUGAAGCGACUGGGUCACAGUGUAGAUAAGGUUGAAUUCAUCUUGAUGGGUGGCACUUUCAUGUCACUGCCGGCAGAUUACCGAGACUAUUUUAUUAGGAAUCUUCAUGAUGCUUUGUCAGGUCACACUUCUGCCAAUGUUGAAGAGGCAGUUACCUACUCUGAGUAUAGUGCUGUAAAGUGCAUUGGAAUGACAAUUGAAACUAGGCCAGACUAUUGCCUUGGUCCUCACCUGCGUCAAAUGCUUUCUUAUGGUUGUACAUGAUUGGAGAUUGGAGUUCAAAGCACAUAUGAAGAUGUUGCUCGUGACACUAAUAGAGGACACACCGUAGCUGCAGUGGCUGAUUGUUUUUGCUUGGCAAAGGAUGCUGGUUUCAAGGUUGUUGCUCAUAUGAUGCCCGAUCUUCCUAAUGUUGGUGUCGAGAGAGACUUGGAAAGUUUCAAGGAGUUUUUCGAGAGCCCUUUAUUUCGAGCUGAUGGGCUUAAAAUAUAUCCCACGCUUGUGAUCCGUGGAACUGGCCUUUAUGAGCUUUGGAAAACUGGCAGGUACCGAAAUUACCCGCCUGAUCAGCUUGUGGACAUUGUGGCAAGAAUCUUGGCCAUGGUACCGCCUUGGACACGUGUUUAUAGGGUCCAGCGUGAUAUUCCUAUGCCUCUGGUUACCUCAGGGGUUGAAAAGGGAAAUCUUCGUGAACUAGCUUUAGCUCGUAUGGAUGACUUGGGCUUGAAGUGCCGAGAUGUUCGAACGCGUGAAGCUGGAAUUCAGGAUAUUCACCACAAAAUUAAACCUGAAGAAGUUGAGCUUGUUCGACGUGAUUAUACAGCAAAUGAAAGCUGGGAAACAUUUCUGUCUUAUGAAGAUACACGCCAGGAUAUUCUUGUUGGGUUGUUGCGACUGCGUAAGUGUGGCCAGAAUACUACUUGCCCUGAACUAAUGGGGAAAUGUUCCAUUGUCCGCGAACUCCAUGUAUAUGGAACUGCUGUUCCAGUUCAUGGUAGAGAUGCUGACAAGUUACAACACCAGGGUUAUGGUACACUUCUAAUGGAAGAAGCAGAGCGUAUUGCAGGAAAGGAGCAUAGGUCAACAAAAAUAGCAGUGAUAUCUGGUGUAGGAACCCGGCAUUAUUAUAGGAAAUUGGGGUAUGAGCUUGACGGCCCUUACAUGGUUAAAUAUCUGACUUCAUAGGAAAACCUAAUUUUGAAUGUAACACCAAUUUUGUAUGCUUGUGUAAAAUUCUAGUAACAUAUAUCAAUUUGUAAUUUUGUAUGCUAUAUUACAUGUUGAAAUAUUUUUGUGUUUAAAUUAUUUUCUUUUAAGUUCA